AUGUUUACAGAACAAUGUUCUACCAAAAAACGCGAGAGGCAGGAAUUCGAAGAGUACAGCAGCGGUGUUGUUGAGCAUAAUAACAAACGUCGAAGAUAUGAUCAAUUCCAUCAAAUCUGCCCCGAAUCUGGUCGAAAGAUUACCGCCCCAUCAUCAUCAGCUAUUACAAGCCUAUCAAACCCUGCAGCCCUCAUUACAAUAAGACUUGCCUCGACCUCGGAAGACAAACCAAUAAGAACCUUUACAUCAAGUGACAUUGUCAUUAAAGAAUCGUCUAAUAUUGGGAGUCUUUCAUUAUCACACAAGAAUUAUACAUCUGAGAAUUUUGGAGCUAUAAAAAUUGAAGACGAUUCUCACCUAACAAAUACUUGCGAGCCUUUGUACCAGUCUCACGAUCUAGAAAUGAUUGAAGCUUCUUGCUAUCAACCUAACGAAUUAUAUCAAAAGCAUACUUCAUCCUCUAGCUCCUGCUGGAAUCAAACGCCUGUCAUCACAACUGCUCCCUGUGCAUGGGUUAAUAAGAACUCGAUUGUUACUCAUGGCCCAGUAAAUGACUCUACAAGUAAUCCCAUAAUACCUGGUGAGGUUAAAUUGCAUUUUGGACCAUCCAACUCUGUCGGCAAAAGUGAUUCAAGCCCAAAUAGCAUUUCAGGAAGAAUAAAAGGCAUGCAAAUGGAUUCAGGGAAAUUUUCACAGUACUCAACCUCGAAUAUAAUGAACGUAGAGAAAGGUAUUGAUCGAACAAAGCACAGCUUUUGUCUACCUAUCACAGAUUCUAGUAGAGAACUAAUCGCCACUCCAAAAAAGAAAAGUUUUAGUAUGGGGUUUAGAGCUGAUUGCGAGAAAUGUAGACAAAAAGUUCCUGGGCAUUUCAACCAUAUAGUUACUGAACGGUAA